AUGAAGACGACGCCUGUUCUCGCGCUCGUGGCAGCUCUUGUCCUGGCCUCUGACGCCAGGAGACUGGAGGCAAAUGCACGUCCCAGGAAGCUCCCGUUUUCUGCUGCCAGGAAGGCCCCAGGGGGUCGCAUCGUUGGAGGCUCCGACGCUGCGGAGGGCCAGUUCCCCUUCCAGGCGGGCCUCAUGAUCGACGGCUCCGGCUUCUGCGGCGGCUCCCUCAUCUCCACCACCGCCGUCCUCACCGCUGCGCACUGCGUCGACGCCGGCAGCUACUUCACUGUGCUGCUGGGCUCGACGUACUCGCGCCCCACCUCAGGAGACAACAGCCAGUCGUUCGCGACGACUGACACCGUCAGGCACAGCGGCUUCUACACGCCGGACGACAACGCUGCCUUCUAUGACGUCGGCCUCGUCAGGUGGUCGCAGCCCAUCACCAUCACGGAUUACGUGACACCGAUCAGGCUACCGUCGAAGGCACAGGCCAGCGAGAGCUUCGCCGGCUGGGACGCAAUCGUCUCUGGUUGGGGCCUCACAAGCAACGAUGCGUGGACGGUUAGUUCGUACCUGAAGUACAUCAAUGUGAAGAUCUGGACAAACGCUGACUGUCAAAAUAUCCACGGUAGCGACCUCGUGGACGACAAUGCUAUAUGCGCUAUGGGAACACAGGGUCAGCUACCAUGCAAUGGCGACAGCGGUGGCCCGCUCAGCGUGCAGGAGUCGGACGGUCAGCGCACAGUGGUGGGGGUCGUCUCGUGGGGCACGGCCAACGACUGUGAGUCCGGCGAGCCGGACGUCUUCAUGCGCGUCACCGCCUUCCUCGACUGGAUCGGAGAAAACGCCGGCAUCACCGUCUCGUGAGCUGCUUCAGCCGACAUCAGCUACAACGCUCGGCUGUCGCCUUGAUUCUGACCGUGCAUCUAUGUCUGUCCACGUGGCAGAG